AUGGUAGAUGACUGGUCAGAUGGAGAGGAAGAAGACACAGAACAUACAUAUGAUAACUUCACUUGUAUGCAUAUAACGUCGCAUUACAAUCUGCUUCCAACGGCUAGGAGAGGUCCAUGGUAUAUUUCUGCAAUUUUUCUUCUAAGAUAUGAAAUGGUGUUAAAACAUAGCAAGAUAAUUUUCGGCAAAUAUUUUCAAUCAGAAGUCAGGAUAUUAGGUCCAAAACAGUGUUCAGCACAAUUUUUUUCACACCAAUCGAAGCAAACUAGUGCGUCAAUGCACUCGCACUUCAAUGAAGCCGGCAAACUAACAAAUUUCACUGGUUGCAUGUCAAGGGUGUAUAUUAUGAAACUCGAACACAAUAAUCUAAGUUCAGCUGCAAUUUUUGUAAGGAUUCGCUUUAAUUUGAAAGCAACAAAUAGUAUUAUCAUUAGCAACCUCACUGAUGCAGUACAAUAUUUGUUUGUUAAACUCAGUGCACUUAUGACAUUUCAAUCUUUAAAAAAGCGCAAAUUGCUGUCAAUUACUAGAAAAAAAUUAGGCAGUGUCAAGACGAGUUAUGCUGUUGAGCUCCCAACAUACCUUAUAAUCCACAAAACUAGUGUAUACCAUCAUGUUUUAUUUUGUACGGUUGUCCUACACGACUAUCUUUGUACAGUUCCUUUACCUGCUCUAUAA